GUUCGCUUCAUUCCACUCGAUUCCGUACGUGGUGCGAUAUCGAAUAUUUUACAGUUAAAGAAAAAAAAAAAAAAAAAAAAAAAAAAAAAAUCGAUCCGAAGAUGCCGCCAAAAGCCAGUGGUAAAGCAGUGAAGAAAGCCGGUAAGGCACAAAAGAAUAUCAGUAAAACUGACAAGAAGAAAAAAAGAAAAAGGAAGGAAAGUUAUGCCAUUUAUAUUUACAAAGUACUCAAACAAGUUCAUCCUGAUACUGGAAUUUCAAGCAAAGCUAUGAGUAUUAUGAAUAGUUUUGUUAACGACGUUUUCGAACGUAUAGCUGCUGAAGCUUCAAGAUUGGCUCAUUACAACAAACGUUCGACUAUAACUUCCCGAGAGAUACAAACUGCCGUACGACUUUUACUUCCAGGUGAACUCGCUAAACAUGCCGUUAGCGAAGGCACCAAAGCUGUUACUAAAUACACCAGUUCAAAAUGAAUUGAUAAUAUAUAUGGUGCAUGCAAACGGCCCUUUUUAGGGCCA